GGCGCUGUCGCGUACCUUUAUCUUCUUCGCACGCGAUGGUCGCGAUGCAGUGUUUAUCCAUCAAUUACUGUCAACCAUCCAAAUCACCGUAGAUAGAGAUUUUCUCUGAUUUCUCGGGCACAGAUGCACAUCUUGUUUCAAAAUAUAAAAGUUAUGUCGUUGGAUCAGACAGUAUGCGAAGAUUUGAAAGCUUUCGAAAGGCGACUCACUGAAGUUAUUGCCAGCCUGCAACCGGCCACCACGCGAUGGAGAAUGUUGCUGGGAUUAAUGUCUAUUUGCACCGCCAUUGGUGCUUGGCACUGGUUGACGGAUCCCAACACAUCAGCAGUAUCCUUCACGCAGAGCUUAUACAAUCAUCCAUUCUUCACAAUGGCUAGUAUAAUAUUAGUGAUAUUAUUUAUGAUGGGAGUGCAUAGACGAGUGAUAGCGCCCAGUAUUAUAACGCAGCGGGCCAGGAGCGUGCUCGGCGACUUCAACAUGAGCUGCGACGACACUGGAAAGUUGAUUCUGAAGCCCACGAGACCUCCACAUCCUCACGAGACUUAAGAGUGUUCGCGAUAGUAAUUAUGAAUGUGGCGUGUGUACUAUUUUUUUUUUCGUGCGCUACAAGAUUGUCUAAAAUUGUAUGACGAGACGAGAAUUUAGAGCUGUAUAUUUUAAGCCUCAUGAGUUCUAGUGAAUUAUGCAUCUGUAGUGAAUGUUAUGCGUGAUCUCUCUUAGAGUGCAUAUAAAAUUUAUAUAUGUGAACACAAUAUACAAUACGCCCGAUUAUGUGUGAAAUCUUGGAAUCACAAUUUUUGCUUUCAAAGAACUUGAAUGAGCGCCACUUCCUACUUGAUUAUUUCUCCUGGUACUCGUACGAUCCGGAAGGAAGCUCAAUAAAGUAGCCAGGAGAUCGUAAUCGAGUAAGAGAUCGGCAUCAGUUGCGAGUUCUGCGAUUUCGAAAAUUUAUCUGUGGCUUCGAGUCGCGCAAGUUGACAUUUAAAAAAAAUUAAAACAAAAAGCCUCAAGAGAGAGAGAUCACAAAUGGAUCGAGAGAUCAGACGAGAGACAGUAAACCGAAGAAAUGGUAAUUGAAGUAACUUGCGAUUCCAAAGGCGCCAAUGUAUAUAACGAUCAAAACAUUUAUUCGUCGUAAUUUUCGCAUAUUACAAUCUUCUCUUCCGAUUUCAGCAUAUGCACAGUCACGCAAUGUCUUUUUUAAAAUAGUCACAUGUACAACAUUAUAAUCUAUACGGACCACCCGUUCGUUCACAGUCAGAUAUUCGCAAGGAGUGUGUCAGUCCUGAAAUCGUACUAGACUACAGUAUGUAAUAUAUACAGUGAUGAUUACACGCGACCACUCGGAGCGCUGUCUCCAUUAUGUAUCUGCCGGUGGACAAUGAUUGGCGUAUUUUGAGAAAAUAUCUUGUAAGACGUAACAAUUGUACAGAGGUUCAAUGCACAAAGUAAACACCGUCAUUUUUUUCAAAAA